GCCCCCGGCUCCUGCGACGGCGCCGAAUGCACCGAAUGCGUUGUUUCGCGCCUUGCUGGCGGAGGCCAUCGGCACCGGGCUGAUUGUCAUCUUUGGCUGCGGCUCCGUCUGCGCCACACUCUCGGGCGCCUACUCGGGUGUGUGGCAGGUGGCAGCUGUCUGGGGCCUGGGCGUAUCCUUGGCGAUUUACUCUACGGCAGAGGCCAGUGGAGCACAUUUGAACCCUGCCAUCACCUUGGCGUUUCAGUUGGUGCGUCCUUCAGCGCAUCAGAUGACCUGGCUGAAGUCGGCUCAGUAUGUGCUGGCGCAGCUGCUUGGGGCUAUGCUCGCAGGUGCCCUGAACCUGUUGAUCUAUGGCUCCACCAUUGCCGCUUUCGAACGUGAGAAUGGCAUUACUCGGGGCGAGGCAAAGUCCAUUCUUUCGGCCUCAGCAUUUGGAGAAUAUUUUCCCAACCCAGGACUCACGAAAGAGUGGGGAAGCGGUCCCUACGCUCUUGAGGAUGUGUCUGUGCUGGGUGCUUUGCUCACAGAAGCUUGGGGCACCUUUAUUUUGGCCUUCGUGAUUUUUGGCAUCACCAAUGGCGGCAACAAAGUCUUAGGCAGCAUGGAACGAGUUGGGGUGCCUUUCACCAUUGGCAUGACAGUGGCUGUCUUGCUGCCGCUGUAUGCUCCCAUUACACAGGCCGGUUGGAACCCCGCGCGCGACUUUGGGCCUCGCGUUAUUGCAGCCCUGGGCGGCUGGGGUGAAGUGGCCAUUCCAGGGCCUCGCAAUGGAUUUUGGAUUUACAUCGUGGGACCUUGCUUGGGAGCACCCCUGGGCGCCUUCCUCGCCGAGAAGAUGAAAGAUCUUUGCCACUGUGCCACGCGUGGCGCCGUCGCCAAAAAUGCGGCGGGGAUCUGGACCUUGCUGCGAUCCCAUGCGGCAUGCGACGAGAGUUCAAAAGAAAAGAUGGUCCGAUGGACCGAGAACUCCAAACAGCUGGAGGCCUUUCAGAAUGAGGUGGUGCUGUUGCAGCAACUGCGAGAUCAGGAGUCAGUCAUCCAGGUGGUCGAUGCCGAAGUGGACCGCGAGAGGGGUCGUAUCAACAUCGUGAUGGAGGCCGGGGACAUGGACCUGGGCCGUUUCUUGCAGUCACAGCCGAGGUUGACGCUGAUUCAAAUCCAACAUCUUUGGAAGCAGAUGCUGGAGGCGGUGCAGGUCAUCCAUCAGGAACGCAUUGUGCACUCAGUGGGAGCCCGAGCCGUGGUGGUUUCAAGUGACCUAGCGAGCAUCAGCGACAGGGCUGUUCGACAUGGCUUCAUCCAAAAGGUUUUGGGCAUUUUGGGAGUGCAGUUGCUCACCACCUGCGUGGUUGCGGGACUCAUCACCAUCUUUGGUGAAAAAUUGGUGGUUCAGAAUCCGAGUUUGGUAGUGGUGUUGAUGGCCAUGUCGGCUGUGACGCUGUUGAGUGUUCACUGCGUCUUCAUGUGCUUUCGGGAGACCAUGAGGAAAAGUCCGCAGAACUAUGUCUUGCUGGCACUCUUCACGUUGGCAAAGGGCGUUUUGCUGGGCUUCAUCUGUCUGCAGUACACCAUCCAAUCUGUGUUGGUGCUGGUGCUGAUAACAGGGAUUGUCACGUUGGGAUUGAUGCUUUUCGCUUUCCAGAGCACAUAUGAUUUCACGGGUUUCCUGCCCUACAUGUUCGCUUGUUGCCUGGCUCUGGUGCUGAUGGGUUUGUGCUUAGCCAUCUCAGCACGUCUUGGAGCUGCAAGCACUGGAGCCUUCAAGACGCUGAACAUCGUCUAUGCCUCGAUGGGUGCUCUUUUCUGCUCCUUUGGCAUUAUCCUUCAUACCCAGAUGAUUUUGGGCGACAAGAGCAACAAGUACAGAUAUCGCCUGGACGACUAUUGUAUGGCCGCCAUCGCCCUGUAUGCCGACAUGGUCCACCUCUUCCAAUUCCUCUUGCGGCUCUUGGGUCAGCGGAAAUAA